GGUUAGGGUUUACAGAUGCAGCAAAGACAGGAAUCUGACGGGCUUUUCGCCUUUCUUGUAGCUGAAAAGCAGAAGUAUAAAAUCAGAUUAGGUGACGCAGCUCAAAUAAAUGCUGUUGCAAAGGAAGACGAGCACAAAAUAAAUCUUAUUUCUCCAGCGAGGAAACAAGCUGAUUUCUGCAAGGCCUGCGUGACUGCUGCCGUGCCCCACGUCGGCUGCAGGCAGGACCAGUUUGACAAUUUAGAAAAGCACACGCAGUGGGGCAUCGAUGUUCUGGAAAAAUACAUCAAGUUUGUCAAAGAAAGAACAGAGAUUGAACUCAGCUAUGCAAAGCAGCUUAGGAAUCUUUCAAAGAAAUAUCAACCCAAAAAGAACUCCAAAGAAGAGGAAGAGUACAGGUACACAUCAACUAGAGCCUUCCUAGCCACUUUAAAUGAAAUGAAUGACUAUGCCGGACAGCAUGAGGUCAUUUCAGAGAACAUGACCUCUCUGAUCAUUGGAGAGUUAACUCGCUAUGUGCAGGAGCUGAAACAAGAGAGGAAAUCGCACUUCCACGAUGGCAGAAAGGCACAACAACAUAUUGAAACUUGCUGGAAACAACUUGAAGCUAGUAAAAGGCGGUUUGAACGUGACUGCAAAGAAGCCGAUCGAGCACAGCAGUAUUUUGAGAAAAUGGAUGCUGAUAUCAAUGUUACAAAAGCAGAUGUUGAGAAGGCAAGACAGCAAGCCCAGCUGAGACAUCAGAUGGCAGAAGACAGCAAAGCAGAAUAUUCUUCCACUCUACAGAAGUUCAACAGCGAGCAGCAUGAUCAUUACUACACACACAUACCAAACAUCUUCCAGAAAAUACAAGAGAUGGAGGAAAGAAGAAUUGUGAGGAUAGGUGAAUCCAUGAAAACUUUUGCAGAUGUUGACCGCCAGGUGAUCCCCAUCAUUGGAAAGUGUCUGGAUGAAAUAACAAAGGCUGCAGAAUCAGUUGAUCACAAGAAUGAUUCGCAGAUGGUAAUAGAAGCCUUUAAAUCAGGCUUUGAGCCUCCAGGAGAUGUUGACUUCGAGGACUUCACUCAGCCCAUGAAGCGCACUGUCUCCGAAUCCAGCCUUUCCAACUCCAGGGGGGAUGGGAAGUACGAGCCGAAGUUUGGUGGCAAAUCCAAGGGCAAGUUAUGGCCAUUCAUCAAGAAAAAUAAGCUUAUGUCCCUUUUAACAUCCCCCCAUCAGCCCCCUCCUCCUCCCCCUGCCUCUGCCUCACCCUCUGCUGUUCCCAACGGCCCCCAGUCUCCCAAGCAGCAAAAGGAACCCCUCUCCCAUCGCUUCAACGAGUUCAUGACCUCCAAACCCAAAAUCCACUGCUUCAGGAGCCUAAAGCGCGGGCAGACACAGUCUUUGUAUAUUCACAAAGAACUCAUGAAGAGGACUUUAGGGACACCCACGUGUGCCAUUGAGGCUAGGGAAUACGUUCUUUCUCUCAAGCUGGGAGCUGGGCCAGAGGACUUCAGCAAUCUCCCACCUGAACAAAGAAGAAAGAAACUUCAGCAAAAAGUCGAUGAGCUGAACAAAGACAUUCAGAAGGAGAUGGAUCAAAGAGAUGCCUUAACGAAAAUGAAAGACGUGUAUAUCAAGAACCCUCAGAUGGGAGACGCAGCGAGCGUGGACCACAGAUUAUCAGAACUUGAACAGAACAUUGAAAAGCUACGAUUAGAAGUGCAGAAAUUUGAGGGCUGGCUGGCCGAGGUGGAGGGCAGGUUGCCCUCGCGGACGGAGCAGGCGCGGCGGCAGAGCGGGCUGUAUGAAGCCCAGAACACUUCAGCAGUGAACAGCUGUGCACAGGACCGCGAGAGCAGCCCAGAUGGCAGUUACACAGAGGAGCAAAGUCAGGAGACUGAGAUGAAAGUACCUGCAACAGAUUUUGACGAUGAAUUUGACGAUGAAGAACCACUACCAACCAUAGGAACAUGUAAAGCUCUCUAUACGUUUGAAGGUCAGAAUGAAGGAACAAUUUCUGUAGCAGAAGGAGAAAUGCUGUAUGUAAUAGAAGAAGACAAAGGUGAUGGGUGGACGCGAAUCCGAAGGAACGAAGACGAGGAGGGCUAUGUCCCCACGUCUUAUGUUGAAGUCUAUUUGGACAAAAAUGCCAAAGAUUCCUAAAGGUGUUUGUGCUGGUGCAAGAACCUCGGGGCGAGCUUGUCACAGAAGGAGAAACAAAAUGGUCUGUUUACCCUGCAGGCAGUUUAAACAUACCCAUGGAAAGCCAGACACCCACUCUUGUCUGGAGUUCCCACUUGAAAAAUUCAGACCCAAAUUCCAUCCCAGUAUCAUUCAGACGCUUGCUCUUUUCCAUGGCAUGCUACUUGUGGCUCAGAUUAACUUACCAGCCUUCCCUGCUCUACUACCAGCUUGGCACAGCCCUUCCAUAAACAAAAUAACCAGCACUUCCCCUCCCAGCUCCUCCCAGUGCUGGUCAGAGAACCGCUGGCUGCCCGUUGAUGCAAAGGGCAGCUGGAGAGUCCCAAGCAUGUGCAGGUCUGUCUUCUGUCCUCCCUUGUCCCUCAGUCCAUCUGAAUGUAUGCACUGGUCCAUCAGCAUUUCACACGGUGCCUUUAGCACUAAUCCUGCAGGUAGUUUCACCAGCUUGGAAAGGAGGUGCAUACGCAUGGUAAGCUGCUCCUGGGGACAGUGUUACAGCAGCUGGACUGGACUCUGAAUUGGCAGAUAUUAAACUUGAUCCACAUGCAUCACUCAGUAUUCUUCUUUCCACAAAAAAGUCACUAAUACUUUUCAGCCUUUAUUUUUUUUAAAUCUAGGCUGAUGCUCAUGCCAAGUAUUAAAUCCCUAUGACCUUGCUGUUGCCUGAAAGCCUUCAAGCUCACGUAUGUACACUUUCUUUCCUGCUUGUUCUCUCGCCCCUUCCCCUUUAUUGCCCCCUCCUUUCUUCCUCCUGUCCCUCACACACACACAGACACACACAGACACCGGCGUUUUGGUUUGAAGCCCCGUUCUGCUCAUCACAAAGACCUCCAUUUUGCUCUUGUUUCAGUCUGCAUGCUCGCCCUGUUGCCUUGCCUGCGCCCACCUUCCCAGGGGCCGCAUUAUUUUGCGGCUCGUUGUUAAUCUCUUUGCAGUUUUCUUUUGUCGGUUUGUUUUUCAGCAUUUCAGACCUACCUUCUUCUUUUGCAUGACCUCUUGUGCGUUCUCACCAGUUAACGUUUGAAUAACAGAACUUUUUUUAGAAAAGAAAAAAAAAAAAUAAAAGAGAAAAGAAAAAAACUGCACUCUAUUUCGUUCUCCCACGUUGUCAUGGACUGGACCUUGGCCCAGAAGCCAGCCCUCAGCCAUCCUGUUCUCACACGGUUUUAUCUGAAGCAGAAGCGAUGCUGCACUGGGUCACCUCAUGCUUCUAUCUCCAAAUACGUUGCAUGACCCAAGCUGCCUGACAACAGGGUCAGUUGCUUUCCAGAUCUCUGUACUACAAAUGCAUUGGUUUCCCUGAGCCUUCACUGUUGCUAAGUUGUCACAGUAAUCCUGUACCUGGUUAAGCCCUGUAAGAGUCUGUUGCUCCUUGUAGCUCCUGAGGGCCUUACUUAUCCUUAGCCAACCUUGCUUAUCCUUAAACCAACCCAUCGUUUGGGGCAGUCUGCUUGCUCUUAGGGAACUUCAGCAUCUCUUGUAACAUCCCCAGAACAUGAGGAAAAUCUGUAUGGGAGCUGCUGUGGCUGAUGACCCUGAGAUGAAACCUCUCAGGCGCAGUUUGCAGAUGUGUGCGUGGUGUUCUGCUGCCAGCAUGCAGGCACGUGUCCCAGAAUCAUCUGCUCUCCAUGCUGGGGUUUGCCUUGGUCUUCCUCACUCGGGAUGAAGUCAUUUUUGAAUUAGUGUUGUCUUCAGAACUUUGUCCCUUUCCCUUUGAGAUACCCGCUUUGAAUUUCCAUAGCAGAAACCCCUCAGUCGGUCCUGAGCCGCUGUACUGCACUGCUUACAGCCUGCAAGCAUCAACCAGCACCAGGUUAUGUUUUAAUGUGACCGAAGUGGAGCCUGCGCUGCGGGCAGGGCUGACACCUGGGCCUUCUGGAGUCAGAAGGGCCCUCUGCACUGAACCUGCCAUCUCCAUCACGUGAGCCCGGAUCUGUGAGCCUCUGAGAGCAGCAGUGCCCGUGGCUUUGUGCAGGUGUGUGACAGAGCUGUGUGCCACCCCUGGGGGUCUGAGUGGCGAAGCAAGUGUGCAAGAACGGCCAUAGGAUAUUUUAGCUGCAGUGUUUUAUUCCUGUGUCUGAUGCACUGUCGAAUCAGCAGCGAGGGGAGUUCAUUUGCACCUCUCAUCGUGCCAUCUAUGUCAAACUUUUAUCUAAGUUUGCUUUUAUAUAUUUAAUCUGGGUGGACAGUAUAUUAUUGUCAGCCUCUGUGGAGCGUUGGGGCAGCUGCGGCGUCUGUGUUCAGUAGCACUGUAGGAGGAGCAUUAGCUUUAGCUGCCUGUCUUUGAAAGAGUUGUAUAAAAAAGGCCACAGAUGGGGUUUUUAUAAACUGGGUGAGCAGCUCCCUGCUGCCUGGAUCUGCAAACUGAACACAAGAAAAACGAUGGACAGUCGCGUGCGUUGUAGCCUACAAUCUCUAUUCUGCUGCCUUCCUUCAGGGUAAAGAACGGGUAACCUUGGUCAGUUUACCUUGUACAAAAGCAGAAGGACUGAAUAUGUGCACUGGUUUAUAAAAACUCUGCUUGAACUUCUCCUGCCUGGAAGUGGGGACUGCACAGCUGCAAAACCCUGAUGUCCCCAGCAAGUCUCUAACGCCCUUUCUUAACAUCUGUAAAUAGAGAAGAAACAUAUUUACUGAUACUGAAAGUUGUGUUUAAUGCUGAGUAUUUUUCAGAAGUUCAUUUAGUUUGAUGCAUAUUGUUUGUUAUUUUUUUCCUGCCUGAAGUGUCAAAAAACCUAAAAGAAGCCAAAUUCUAUUUUAACAUGACGAUGUCGAGCACUUUUUUAUUUGUAUAUGUGUGUGUAUGUGUGUUUGAGCACUGAUCUCUAGAUUUUGGUGGCAUCUCAGUGUUGUGAUUUCAUUGCCAAUGUAAAAGGUUCUGGUGUUGCCCAUUUGUUUCUGGAGACAGAAUUCAACCAAAUAAAGUGCUUCCAUUUGAAAGCAAAUAUUGACCUUGUAACAAUGAAAGUCAUCCACAUAUUUAAAUAAACCUUUAAUUCCAGAA